AUGCGCAAUCUGUGCGUGCUUUCGCAUCGCACCAUUGCGCUUUCGCAAGCAUCACAGCCGGCGCUGCGAAUCGAGGCUACCGCCAGCGAUCUCGACGACGGCUCGAUAUACGCCGUUGCUACAUCACGCACAGCGCCGGGUGCACCGGACGUCACGCUUUCUUUCCUGCGCACCGCAGUGGACGGGCAGGGUCUGGAACGGUUCAGCUCGCUGCUCGUGCCGGGUCGUCUGGCGGAUUUACCCGACUCGGCUGUUGGCAUUGCAUCGACGAGUGGACGCAGCAAGAGGGACGUCAUCAACCUGCACUAUCUGUCCGAUGGCGGAGCAGAGGCGAGCCAUCGUCCUGCGCUAUGCACCAUCGCUGCAGGAGGCGAUCUGCUCCUCCUCCCUAUCCCGGAUGCAAGCGAGGCGGCGGAUGACGUACCGCCAGCAGAGCCCGUCGUGGUGGGGACGAUCGAGCAGGGCAUUGCAGCAGCGGCCUGGAGUCCCGACGACGAGCUGCUCGUCAUCGUCACGUGCGAGACAUCCGAGACCGCCUCGACGUCGGGCGCACGCGAGGUGGAGAAGGUGCUCUUGAUGACGCGCGACUUCGAGGUGCUCUCCGAAGUGCGUCUGCGCACCGACGAGUUUGGCGAGGACGAGGCGGUGGAUGUCGGCUGGGGCAGCAAGGCGACGCAGUUCCACGGGUCCGAGGGCAAAGCGGCUGCGGCCGCAGCAGCGCAGGCGGCAGCAGCGGCCAAGGCGAGCAACACCGACACGCGCGGCCCAAGGACGCCGGACGACGACGGCGCGCCCCGCAUCAGCUGGCGAGGCGACGGCGCCUUCUUCGCAAUCAGCUCGCUGGAGCCCUUCUACAGCCCAGACGCACCGACAAGCUGGCAUCGGGUGAUUCGCAUCUACUCGCGCACGGCCGCCCUGUCGGCUACUUCGGACGCGGGCGUGCGCGGCAUCUCGCAGGCACUGGCGUUCCGACCCAUCGGCAACCUCAUCGCCAGCACGCAGCGCUUCGGCGCAUCCGACCUCGACGGCCACAUGUGGGCGCAGGGGCGAAAGGGUCGUCACGACGUCGUCUUUUUCGAGCGCAACGGUCUGCGUCACGGCGAGUUCAGCCUGCGCGAAGAAGCCGCCUCGCAGCCCGACGGCGUGCAGCUCGCAUGGAACGAGGCGCAGAAGCUCAGCGCCUGGACACGCACACAUGCGGUGCGCGAGCUCGCAUGGAACGCCGACGGAUCCGCACUCGCCGUCUGGCUCUCCCGAGCCGGCGAGGGCGACGAGGCGCGCGAUGUGGUGCAGGUCUACACCACGGGCAACUACCACUGGUACCUCAAGCAAGAGUUCGUCGCCACCACGCGCGUCGAGCACGUCAAGUGGCACCCCGAGGACCCGCUGCAGCUGCUCGUCGCCCACGCCGGCAGCGUCGCGCACCGCGUCUUUGCACACGAGACGGCCGUGUCGCCCGGGAGGCCGCCAGUGGAUGCGGCGUGCGUCGCCGUGGCCGAUGGCUCCACUACGCUGCUCACGCCGUUUAGGAUGCAGAACGUCCCACCGCCCAUGGCGUCGCUGAGCCUGUGCGUGCCUCCUGCCGGCACGGAGGUCAAGCCAAGCGCGGCUUCGGCGCUCGCAGUGCCUACGCACGUCGCCUGGUCCCAGCUCCCAGGCUCGUCGCCGCAACACGCCGUCGGAGUCAUGGCUCUGCUCUUCCAAAACGGGUGGGUGCAGGUCUGGCGCUUCGACUGGGGCCUGCUUGGCGGUACGGUCCAGGUCGGCGGUAAGCCCGUGGCCGAGCCCAAGCUCGUGGCUACGGCGCAGGUGGCGGCUUCGGAUGCACACCAGAUCGCUGUAGCCGGAUGGGCACCGACUGUGCUGGAUGCGACGCACCAAUGCAAGAUCUCGGUGGCGGUGCUCAGCUCACAUCAUCAAGGCGCUGUCGCAGAAUGCAUUGAUCUUGCGCAAGCCAAAGAGGCUGCAACAUUCGAGGCCACCGUCCAUGCGGGGGUUCCUCUACGGGGCCACGGAAAGAGACGCCUGGUCGCCGACCCCUUCGUGCCGACAUCGGCAGUGCCGCCGAGCUUUUACGUCCAAGAGAGCGAUGGCACCGUGCAGCGCGUGCGCGGCUCGGCGCUCGAGCGCGUGACCAAGCUCGAGCGCUUCUGUGCGGACGUGCGUGUGUUGGUUGCGGCUGACGGCAAGUGCAAGGUGAUUGGUCUGGCGAGCGAUGGACGCCUGCUGGCCGAGAGCCAGGUGGUGGCCAGGGACGCCACCUCUUUCACGCUCGUCGGCAGCUUCCUCGUGUGGACCAACACGGCGCACGAAGCUCGCUUUCUGCCGCUCAGCUCUCUGCGCUGGAGCAGCGCCAACGAAGUGCAGGCUGCGGCGUCCGAGGCCGUCGAUCUGGGUCGACGUGUGGAGCGCGGCAGUCGGAUCGUCACGGCGGUGGCGUCGGCCAUGUCGCUCGUGCUGCAGAUGCCACGCGGCAAUCUCGAGACGAUCUAUCCGCGCCCGCUCGUGCUCGAGGUGGUGCGCCGCAGCAUUGACGCGCAUCGCUACGGCGCCGCCUUCCGCAUCUGCCGCACCCACCGUCUCGACGUCAACAUCCUCUACGACCACAACCCGGCGGGUUUCAUGGCCAACGUGGCGACGUUUGUGCAGCAGGUUGCCGACGUAGACCACCUCAACCUCUUCCUCUCGGGCCUGCGCGACCAAGACGUCACCAAGACGCUCUACAAGCCGCUGGCAGCCUCGACGGGCGCGGCCGACGUUGCAGGCAAGGUGAAUCGGAUCUGCGAUGCGAUCCGUGCCGAGCUCGAGCGGCUGGAUGCACGCAAGUAUGUGCAGUCGAUCCUCACCACGCACGUGCGCAAGGUGCCCGCGGACUACGAGGCGGGGCUUGCGCUGCUGCUGCGGCUCAAGGACGAGGAUGCAGAGACGGCCGAGGAGGCGGUCAAGUACAUCAUCUUCCUCGCAGAUGCGGACAAGCUGUUCGACGUGGCGCUCGGCAUGUACGACUUUACGCUCACGCUCAUGGUGGCGCAGCAUGCCAAGCGCAAGGAUCCGCGCGAGUUCCUGCCGUUCUUGCGCGAGCUGCGUGCGCUCGAGCCGCAAGAGUUCCAGCGGUUCCGCAUUGACGACCACCUCGCGCGCCACACCAAGGCGUUGGGCUGGCUUGUGCGCGCCGGUCCCCAGCACCACCAGCAGGCACUCGAAUACAUCGACAAGCACAAGCUGUACCACGAGGCGAUUGCGCUGCUUGCGGGCCAAGGCGCCAGGCUGCGCGACGUGUACGACCGCUUCGGAGAGUACCUGCUCACGCGCCGCAAGCUCGACGAUGCCGGUGCAGCGUUCCAGCUCGCCGGGCGCGGAGGCAAGGCGCUCGAUGCCUACCGCGAGUGUGCGAAUUGGCAAGAGGCCAUGCGGCUGGCGUUUGUCGAGAAGCUGCCUGCGUCCGAGAUCGUCGCAAUGGCCAAGGGGUUCGUGAGCGAGCUCGAGACGCUGCGUCGCUUCACCGAGGCGGCGCGCGUGUGCCUCGACUAUGUGCGCGAUGUCGAGCAGGGCGUGGCUCUGCUAUGCCGCGCCGGCGAGUUCUCGGAAGCACACCGCAUCCUCACCACCUAUUCGCGACUCGACCUCGUCGAAGUUACGCUACACCCGGGCCUGCUCGAGGCGGCGACGACGCUGGUGGACGACGUGCAGGACAUGGAGUCGCAGCUGUCCAAGCAGCUGGACCGCAUCCGCGAUCUGCGCGACAAACGCUCCGCCCACCCGGACGGCGCGCUGUACGACGGCGACAACGACCCGGCGCUCGACAAUCUCGACAUCAUGUCCGAUACCUCUACGCAGAUGACGCAAUUCACGCGCUACACGCGCGCGGCCUCGAUCGUGUCGCAGUCGUCCAUGGCCACGUUCAGCACCAAGUCCGGCAGCCGCAAGAAGGAGGCCAAGCUGCGCAAGAAGGCCGAACGCCAAAAGGCCGGCGGCAAAAAGGGCACCGUGUUCGAGGAGGACUACCUCUACACCUCGGUCCAGAAGCUCAUCAAGGAGCGUCUCGGCGGCGUGCAGGCCGAAGCGGCCAAGCUGCUUCCGCAUCUCGUGUGUGCGGCGUCGGGUCAGGUUCGGGCUAGAGCAGGCGAGGUCGUUCAGGCGCUGGAUGCGUUGGAGCAAAACGCCCACAAGGCGGUCGAAACGCUUUGGGGCUACAGCCAGCAGGAUGACGACGAACGCUUCGACCAGCUCGUCCGCUUCGAACAGGAGCUGCUCGGCGGCCAGGUGGCAGCCAACCCCACCAUGGCAGCCGUCGCAUUCCGCUCCAUCGCCAACCGUCGCAUCCCCAGACCAAAGCUCGACGUCGCAGAUACAAAGUGGCGCCCCUCGCUGCUGGAUUCCUCCCAGCCCUAG